UCGAUAUGGACACACGCUUGCUGACUGCACUAUUGCUGAUCGCGGCUUGCAGGGCCGAGGAUCCAGAUUUGGGUCAGGAUCAGGAUCAGGCGAAGAUCACGUUUAAGCCGGGCCGAUAUGUGCCACGCCUGCACGGUGCCACGGGUUGGUAUGUUCCGGAUGAUAGUGGAAAGUACCGGCACGAUCCCAGGCCCUAUGACGGCGGCUAUGGAGAUCGUGGUGUUCCCUAUGACUCCGAUUUGAGCGGCAUUUUCCGGAAUGCCCAGCGCCAACUGGAGGCAAAGGUCCAGGAGGCCGGUGAAGGUCUAUCCCUCGGUCCACGAGAUCAUCUGCGAUUCAUGAUCGACUUUAAUUUCAAUGGCACCGGCUGGCAGAUAAUCCAGUUUCAAUGGGUACGAGAUGGCGAUGAGUCCCAUCCAGACACCAAGGAGUACAGCUACUUGACGGAGAACAAGCUAUGGGACUCGGAUCAGGCCUAUGCGUACCAGGAGCCCGACGAUGGCUGCCAUAUCAACUGUCAGCCGGAGACGGCGGUAUACCCGCUACAAUCGGAGCCUGUCCAGGAGCCAGUGGUGCAGCCAACUCAGGAGCAGCAACAGUCCAGAACAAACAUCAAUUCAGAGCAGGAUCCUGGCAAGAUUCAUGAUACCAUCAAUGAAGUCCUGGAGUACAUACAACAACGAAUCCUGCCUACGUUGCCAAUUAAAGGGGAGUAAAUCGGUUUCAGAAACAUUCAAUAAAUAAUGAAAAU